UUUUUUAAUUAAUUAGGUUGCAAAAUAAAUUGUUCAGUUUGUAUAAUUAAAUACAAACGAGCUAAGACAAGAAAUCACAGUUUUUAAAUUCCUUCAAAGGUUAAAAAAAUAAUAUCAUAAAUCAUUAUGAGUUGAAAACAAGAAAUACCUAAGUAAACUUAUUAAUUGGACAUUAUGUCGCUCUACGAUGAUUUCGACGCAAUUAAGCAAAAGUCUGAUCACGUAGCUGGGUGGUCAUCUGGAAUAAAACUGUUUCAGUCACAAUUGCAACUUAAAAAGGCUUCUCAAACUCAGCCUAGAAGAGAGGCAUUACGGAAAGCUAACAAUGUUUUGGCUCCAGUCAUAGAUUUGAAGUCAAAGAAGGAAGACGAUGACUCCAAUUCCAAUUCAAGUUUUGGCAGCUACUCUAAAGAUGCUAGAGGUCUCACCUUCUCGCCCCACCAGAAUAAUGUUACUGGCAGUUUCCAGGACAUGGACUGGAACUUUGAUGGUGUUGAGUAUGAUCCGAUGUGGCCGAAUGAUUAUGAGAAAGUUGUGAAAGAUCUGAGAGAAAUAAGGGAAAGGGAGAAGGAAAGGGAGGAUGAAGAACGAAGAAAAAGAAGAGAAGACAGAGCUAGACCAAGAGAAAGUCGGUUCGAGCCUGGAGGUCCCCCAGAGGAACGACCUCGCAAGCCUAUGAUACCUAAUGUUCCCACCGGUUUUGCUGGAACUGCACGGCACGACAGUGAAGAGGAAGAGGAAGAAACAGAGCGGGAGAGACCGAGGGCAGGGGGAGUGGCCAUUGCACCUCCUCCCUCACUGCAGGAGCCAUCCCCCUCUCCCCCUGUUGACACUCUUAGAACGCCUGCAGCUUGUGGAGCUUCUGUAGCUGCCAAAAUUAUGGCCAAGUACGGCUUCAAGGAGGGUCAGGGUCUGGGGAAGAAAGAACAGGGUAUUUCAAUGGCUCUGCAAGUGGAGAAAACCUCCAAAAGAGGUGGUAGGAUAAUCCACGAGAAGGAGAUGAUGCCUCCACCUCCGCCCGCUGUCAAUACUCCCCCUCACCGUGAUGGGGCUCAGCCUGAGGCCCGUGAUGAACCUUCCAUCACAGAGAUCAUGCGGAGUCCGUCCAAGGUGGUUCUGCUCAGGAACAUGGUGGGUCCAGGAGAAGUGGACCAGGAUCUGGAACCAGAAGUGAAGGAUGAAUGUAACACCAAGUAUGGAGAAGUUAUCAAGGUAGUCAUCUACGAGUUGCCCAAUGCACCAUCUGACGAGGCUGUCCGGAUAUUUGUGGAAUUUAAGAGAAUUGAGUCUGCUAUCAAAGCCGUUGUGGACUUGAAUGGGAGGUUUUUCGGCGGACGUCAGGUGAAGGCAGGUUUCUAUGUGUGGGAGAAGUUUAACAACCUGGAGCUUUUAGACUAAUAGAAUCAAAUGUGGAUUGUAAUUUAAAUUGUAAAUAUCUUCUUCCAUGUGAUUGUAUUUUACUUUUUCAAUACACGUGUUUAAAGUUAA